CUGGCAGGAUGGGAACUGGAGCGGGGUCUCUCCUACCCAACGUGUCUUGCUGUGUUUUGGGGCUCACUGCUGAAGGUUGAGGUCAUCAGAAAGAGAUUAAAAGCAUAGAGAGGGGUAACUUGCAAAAGGCAGAGCUCUCCGCUACUGUAGAUGGGGCGCUGGAUAUGUUACAUUUGCUCCAGAGUUGCAGAUUCGUUGAUGAUGCUCCUGGUUUUGGCUCUGAGCUGUAACCCUUCCACAGCAGCAAUAGCUUCUCCGUCUGCACCCCACGUCAAACCCAGCUACAGCUUUGGCCGGACUUUCCUGGGACUUGAUAAAUGCAACGCCUGCAUUGGAACAUCCAUUUGCAAGAAAUUCUUUAAAGAAGAAAUAAGGUUUGACACCUGGCUUUCUUCUCAUUUAAAGCUGCCCCCCAGCUACCUGCUCAGCUACUCGGGCAACUACACUGACGAUGCCAAGAGCUGGCGGAUGGUUGACAUCACCCGGCUGACCUCCAAGUACCAGCAUGACCGGGCCGACAAGCGCAUCUGCACGUCCCUGCUGAAGACAAAGACCUGCAGCCUGGAGCGUGCCCUGCGCCGCACGCAACGCUUCCAGAAGUGGCUGCGGGCAAAGCGCCUCACCCCCGACCUGGUCCAGGGCCUUUCUAGCCCAAUGCUGCGCUGCCCAUCCCAGCGUCUCCUGGACAGGAUAGUGAGGCGCUAUGCUGAGGUGCCAGAUGCUGGCAGCAUCUAUAUGGACCACCUCACUGAUCGGGACAAGCUGCGCCUGUUGUACACCCUGUCAGUGAAUUCACACCCCAUCUUGUUACAGAUCUUCCCUGAUGUGGAGGGAUGGCCCUUCCCACGGUACCUGGGUUCCUGCGGGAGGCUGGUGGUCAGUGCCAGCACCCGGCCCCUGCGUGACUUCUUUGGUGCAGCCCCCGAGGUGGCCGCUGACCUGGCCCUCCAGCUCCUUGCUGUCCUCCGCUCCAUGGGAACCAACGACCUCAACUAUUUCUUCUACUUCACCCAUGUGGACGCUGGCACCUUCGGCGUGUUUAGCAAUGGGCAUCUGUUCAUCCGGGAUGCCAGCACGCUGGGGAUCAUCGACAAGGAGGAAGGGAGCCAGCUGAUUGACGACCAACAAGAAUAUAAAGAUAUAUUUAGCUGUUUGACCGUGGACUGCCAGUCUGCAUUUGUGUCCUGUAACUCCAUUGGAGAGAAGCACAGCCUUGUCAUGGUGUGCCAAGAGCUUUUGCCUAAGCUCCUGAAGGGGAAAUUCCUGCAACCCGUGCAGAAGAAGAUAGACAGCUUCCUGCAGCACUGUGCCGAUGGCCUCACCGAUGACCAGGGUGUCAGUGGGGCUGUUGCAAAGCUGGCAGAGCUCCUGAAACCUCUGCGGUCUUGUGAUUCCCGUUUUGCCUACCGCUAUCCUGACUGCAAAUACAGUGACAAAUACUGAUGGCUUUGGAAGAGUCCCCUGGGAAGGACUGGGGCGGUAUCAGCCCCUUGCCAGAAGCAAGAAGGAACCAGCAUAGCAGGAAGGAGCUACACCAAAUCUGGGACUUCCUUAUGAAGGCACAGGAGAAAGAAGCAUAGUGCACAUUGGUUUAUUGUUCAUCACCCAGAGAUGCAUUUGUUAGAUGGGGUAUUAAACAUGAUGUAAGGCUUAAGGAUUGUUAGCAUUAUUAUGACUGGCAGAGGCUACAGGAUUAAUAAAUCUUAUGCACAUA